AAGCGACAGGCAGCACGAAGGUCAAGUAGCUCGCUGCUGCGGGCUCCGUCUCGAAAGCGAUCGUGUUACCGUGACGGACGGUUUUCUCGUAAGCACAGAAACGCUUACGCGUUUAAAAUCAAUCGAUAGUGCAGCGCAUUCUUGCGUCGACUUUCUGCACGUCCCGUUCUUACGCGCUGUUUGCGAACAUGACGAUACGACGCACCACGCUGUGCUCCCGAGAUGAAUAAUCGCAUUGGAUUGCAAUGCUACUUUUCGUCGGCAUGUAUAUGUGUACAUAUAUAGAUAUAUAAAAGCAAGGCCGUGUUAUUCAGUUCAAGUGGGCGCAGCAAUCGAGGCACGACGUCGGUGUAACGUGAGACGAUAAAACAAAUAAUUUCGAACGGAAAGGCUUCACGAAUAAACAAAGACUGGUUCUAAUGUCACGAAAGGCUGCUUCGCUUUUGAAGCCUGGGAGUUCAUUAUACGAACACCUGAGAAACUGCCGACAUAUUCAAGCCAGCAUGCGGUAUUUCAUCGAGCCAAAAAAACAACCAAGCUUAUGCUGCGCUAAAGAAAUGAAAACAACGCGAACAAUAACACCACGACGCGAAUGCUGGGAGAACUUUAGUACCAAGCCGUGUCCUAGAACCUUGCGCGGCAGGUAUCGAACAUUUCCCCUCUCCAUCUGUUCUCGGCGCUUGAAGUUGCCAUGAUGGAAGGGGAAAAAAAUGGCACAGUUCUCUGACGCGCGCUGAACCAUUCGCGUAGCGCGUCUUACAACGAAAGCGUUUUACACUCGAUCGACAGAUGGCGGCACCAGGCUCGGUGAACUCUACCACUCUACGGGGAAUCCCGGUAAGCGCGAAGCUACAAACAAGGAGGCGCUUCAACUGCUCUCUGCAGUUGAUCUUUUUUUUUUCUUCGUUCAAAGCGGCUUCCAACGGGACUAGGCCAGGGCUUGUACACAAAAACAAAAAUUAGAAAUUGUAAUGCCAAAACAGGUAUGAAAAAAUAAUGGCAAAAAAUAAAAAAUGACAGAAAUAUGUGAAGGAAACAGCGACGUGUAUGUAUCGAUCUACGCUCGCCAGCGCGAGCCCGAGCUCUCUCACUUGCUCUCUCUCUCUCGUUCCUCGCCCUGAAGAGAGAGGCAAGUCACGUGCCCCGGUGCGGAAGCACGAUUGGAUGGCGCCGGAAGCAGACGAAAAAUUUCCCCUCGACUGGCAGACGACGCAGCAAAUCAAGAUGGCCGCCACCGCCACUGCCGCCGCAGGAGCCGCAGACGCAGCUGCUCCGCCAGCAGCGAUGAUAGUUCGCUCCGGACACAACAUGAACUCGCGCUUUCUUCGGCUCGCGUCACCAGCGCGCUGCGCUCUGCCUCGCUAACGUAGUAGCAGCUCUUUUCAGCGUGCGCUAGCAGAAGAAGUUCGGUUGCGUGUUUGUGCGUGUUUCUAGCAUGUCUUAGGCAAAACAGAGAUACGCGCCGACGAAGCGAUCCGCGGAACCCGAGCAAUGGCACGUCGUCGGAACAGGGAGAUCCUGUGGUCGCUGAUGACCCGGAUAAAGUCGCCGCACAGUUUUCAGGUGCGUCGCUUUUCCUCGGGAACCGAGAACGGUUCGGCCGGAGUGAAAUCCAAAGCCUCCUCCAAGAAGUCGAGCGAAAAGUCGUCGUCAUCGUCCAACGCGUCGUCGUCCAAGUCUCCGUCCCGGGCUCGUUUGUGCCUCAUAGUGUCGGCGAUUGCGCCGGGAUUGACGUUCGGUGUCUUCGUCGUCGUGGGCAACGCCGCGGCCGUAGUGUCCGCGGGGGCAGUGGUACCUUCCCUGCUCGUGGCUGCCGUGGCAUCAUUAUUGGCCGGUCUGUGCCUGAUCGAGCUGGUCACGUGGCAACGUCCCUGCCCGGACUCCUUGUACGCCUGUCUCUACCGGUGGGCGGGAGAAGCGGCGGCCUUUGCGGCCGGCUGGCUGUCCCUCCUGCACCAGGGGGCCGCCAUUGCUUGCGUGGCUCGUCUGCAGAGCAGCGCCAUCGACGCACUCAGCGGAGGCGCCCUCGCCAGGGCCUGGCAGGCCCUCGGCUCGUACGACCCCGUAGCGCUGGCGCUAGGCUUGGUUGCUGCCUCCGUGGCCGCCGCGCCCCGACUGCUGUCCUCCUCACGUGAGCCAACGUGGCUUGGCAUGGCGCUCAUCGCGCUGUCACUGCUGUCGGCGCUCUUCUUCGUCGCCAUGGGAUCCGUGGGCGCCACCGCCGCUCCGGGCAACUCCUGGAGCUUCGCCAUGCUCAUGCUCAGCGACAGUGCGCCCACGGGGCUCCUGUCCGGUGCGGCACUCUGCACGUACGCCUUCAUCGGCCCGCACACGGCGCUGCGGCGCGCCCCCGACAGCCCUCAGCCGUGGCGGGACCUCCCCCUGGCGCUGGGUCUCAGCACGGCGCUCACGUUUCUGCUCACGUUCUCCAUGGCCGUCGUGGUCACCAUCCAGGCGCGGCACGACACGGCCCGCCCGCUGGCCGCCAUGCUGGCCUCGUGCUCGGCCGAGUGGGCCGGCACCGCCAUGAGCGCGGCGUCGCUCCUGGCCCUGGUGGGACUCGCCCUGUACGGCCUGCUUCCCUUGGGCGGCGCCGUGCGCUCGCUGGCCGCCGACGGGCUGCUCUUCCGCGGUCUGGCCAAGACGUCGAACGCGGGCCGACCGGUGGGCUCGAUCCUGGCCGCCGGGGCGCUGGCCGCCGGGGCGGCGCUAGUGGCGCCCGUGCCCAGGCUCCUGGGUCUCAUGGCCGUCGGGCCGCUGGCCCUGAACGCGGCCGUGUGCGUGGCCUUGCUCCUGGCCCGCUACCACCCGGCCAGCCGGACUGCCUACGACCUGAUCGGCGACGAGUCGCCCCCGGCCAAGGAACGUUCCGCCACCGGCAACGGCGGCGGCAGCUCGCUGCCGGCGUCGUCGACGACUUCCCCGACCUCCUCGGCGUGCUCGUCUUCGUCCGAGGACGAGGAGGACAUCGACGCCCUGGUGCGCGAGUACCGCGAGCGACUACGCGUGGCGGCGCUGACCGACGGACUCCUGGCCGGAAACGGCGGCAACUCGCUGCGCGAGCCCACGUCGGCGACGGCGCGGCGCGCGGACCUGGCCGUCUCGGGCGUGGUCGCGGCACUCGUGGUCCUCUCGGUGGCCAUGGAGGUCGGCUCGAGACUCGAGGGUCGAACGACCUCCGUCUGCGCGGUGAUAUCGACGCUGUGCGCGGUCGCGGUGGCCGCUCUACUUGUGCUGCUGUCGCGGCAGCCGCAGGCCCAGCUCGGUCCCAGUUUGUUGCACGCGGGGGCGGCAUUCCGCGUGCCCAUGGUGCCCUGGCUGCCCUGCAUCGGGGCCUUUCUGAACGUCUGCCUCCUGGUCGACCUGCUCGUCUCGGCCUGGCUCAUGUUCGUUUGCUGGCUGGCCAUAGGCGUGGCCCUGUACCUGCUGUACGGCAUCCACAGCUCGACGGCCGCCUCGGAGAUCCCGCUGCCGACAGCGGCCGCGGUCGGCUCUCCCCGGCAGCCGUCGCCCAAGAUCUCGCUGCAGCCGCUGGCGCUGCAGCCGCACAGCAUCGUGUCGCACAUCGUGCCCUCGCACCGGAGUCACCCGGGCAGCCAGCGGAGGCUCGCCGAGCUCGACACGGUCUUCAUCCAGCACUGAUCUCGGCGAGGCCGCCACGCAUCCGCCUCGAAAAAGAGCACAAAACAAACCGAACUGCUGCGUCACCGGGAGAGAACCAAGGCGGUUUCCCUACCUCUCCCCCGGAGCCCCGGCAAACGUCCUCCGGCGAAAGAAACGGUCUGCGCAAUUCGGACAUGGGCCGCGCCACCUGCGGUCCCGCCGAAGGAGCCGCGACGGCCCGGGACCCGCUGAGCCAGCGCCCCCCGGCGACCCCCACGACUGCCGCCGCCGACCAGCAAUAACCGAGGGAAGCCCGGGGGGGAACGAAAACGAAAGAGGGGCCGAACUUUCGUCCCCGUUUCUUCCUGUCGCGACAGCGCCGUCCGAAUAGUAUAUAUAUAUGUAUAUCUCAGUUGUGCUCUGGAACGACGACGUUAUAGUGACGCAUGCAGCUGCAUCGCCAUCACUACAUGUUAUAGACUGUUUCGCGUUGUCCCGUCCCUGACACACACAUACGCGAGCGCGCGCGCGAACACACACACACACACACACACACACACACACACACACACACACACACACACACACACACACACACACACACACACACACACACACACACACACACACACACACACACAGACACACACACACACACACACACACACA